CCCGGAAGUUGGAGUACCGUUAGGCUCGCGCUCUGUUUCUCUCGGACUGGGGCAAGAUGGCGGAGAACGGCAAGAGCAAGAGCGGCCCGGUGGCUCCUUCCGGCGGGGGUGGCGGCGCUGCUGCCGCUAAGCCCCUGACAGCCGAGCAGGUGGUGGCUGGGUUUAACCGCCUGCGUCAGGAGCAGCGAGGCUUGGCUUCCAAGGCAGCUGAGUUGGAGAUGGAGCUGAAUGAACACAAACUGGUUAUUGAAACGCUUCGAGAAGUGGAUCCAACUAGGAAGUGCUACCGGAUGGUGGGAGGAGUGUUAGUGGAACGCACUGUCAAGGAGGUUCUUCCGGCCUUAGAAAACAACAAAGAGCAGAUCAGCAAGAUCAUAGAGACUCUGAGCCAGCAGCUGCAAACGAAAGGCCGGGAGCUGAAUGAAUUCCGGGAAAAACACAAUAUCCGACUAAUGGGCGAGGAUGACCAGAAAGCUCCUUCCAAGGAAAGUGCCGACGGGGCAGGCGCCAAAGCCAGCUCUGCAGGGGUCUUGGUCUCAUAGGGAGACGAGGGGUUUGCUCCCUAAGGACUUUCCGUCUCACCCCAUAGUUGCAGUUCUUGACAUCAAAGGCUUAACUUUAAUAUUAUUAUUAUUAUUAUUUUGAUGUUUUCACUUUACAAUAUUUUUGUUAAAAUAAACAGUUUUUGUGCGUCA